GUCGGAGGGAGACCCAAUAUACGUCCAUAUAGCAUCACAUAUCAAUCGUUCUCAAUGGCAUCCACCACUGCGUGUGAAUCCAUCUCGCUCACCGAGCCAGGAGAGCGGCCAAUCUCGAUGGUGGCAGAAGAACCACACAAUGAUUCUUCCGUUACCGAGGCUAAAGUCCCUUACCUGAAGCUCAUCGCAUCGGGCUUCUCCUUUUUCGUCGCUGGUGUCAACGACGGCAGUUUAGGCUCCUUGCUUCCCUACGUGCUCGAGACGUAUCACGUUAGUACCGGUCUGGUAAUUAUCGUUUAUGUUACAACUCUCGUGGGCUGGUUGGUGGCCGCUCUAACCAAUAGCACCGCCUGCCAAUACCUUGGAUUAGGUUCUAUGCUCGCUCUGGGGGCUGGACUUCAGGUGCUGGCCCAUGUCCUGCGUGCCUGGCUUCCGCCGUUCCCAUUGUAUGCUAUAACUUUCUUCCUAGCUAGUCUAGGACAAGCAUUCAAUGACACCCAUGCCAAUACAUAUGUCGCUGCGGUCAAGGCCGCCCACCGAUGGCUCGGCUUUAUCCAUGCCAUGUACAUGGCUGGGUGUCUCGUCGGGCCAUUGGUGGCUACCGCUGUGGCGUCUGCUAAUAGGCAGUCACAGUGGAAUCUCUUCUAUGUCUUUCCACUUGGUUUGGGGUUAAUCAACCUGAUCCUGGUAUUGAUAGCCUUCCGCGAUAGCAUGUCCGUCCAUCAUUCCUCAGAAGCCGUUCAAAGCGACGACCCGCGGGCUUCGGGUCAGAACAGUCGCGGUACCCGUGCCGUAAGGGAGAUUAAGGAUACACUUCGUGUACCAGCUGUCUGGUUGACAAGUCUCUAUUUUUUCUUUUUCCUGGGAGCGGCCAUCACGGCUGGUGGAUGGAUUGUCGAGUACCUUGUUCGCGUUCGGCAUGGUGAUGUGCACCAGAUGGGUUAUAUCCCGACGGGGUUUUAUGGCGGAGCUUUUCUUGGUCGACUACUUCUAGCCGAACCUACUUAUCGUCUAGGAGAGCGUCGCAUGAUAUUCAUCUACGCUGCUCUGUGUGCCGGGUUGGAGUUGGUGUUCUGGCUGGUGCCAAAUAUUGGCGUUGAGGCCAUGGCUAUUUGCCUUUUGGGCUUCUUCUCGGGGCCCUUCUUCGCAACAGGAAUAUCGGUCGCAUCUAAAAUCUUUCCGGCUAACAUUCGUUCCUCCGGGAUUGCAUUCGUAUUCGUGCUGGGGCAGAUUGGAGGAUCGCUCUUCCCCAUAUUGACGGGCAUCAUCUCUUCCCACACCGGCGUCAAGGCCCUGCAGCCCAUGUUAUUGGCUCUACUGUGCGCUACGGGUAUCAGCUGGCUGCUGGUGCCUACUAAGGCGCCGAGACUGCGUGCAGAUUGAUCUAUCAACCAAAGAGUAACUGUGGUUCCUGGCUACAAUUGACAUCUAUCAGUUGCUUCUACGCUGUAUGUGAUGUUUGGGUUGUUUGGAUAUGACGCGAUGACAUUGAUGAUUGGGUAUUGGAUGACACAAGACAUGUCAAACAGGCUAUAGUGUUAAUAUGUCCAAAAUGCACCCAGUUAAAGAGAGAAAGAGUAGGAAUCGAGAGAGAUGCUCGAUAGGGAAGGUUGGG